AAACCGAAAAUAUUAUUCUAUAAAAUUGUUACAAAAUCAUGGUGUAAGUUACAUCACAUCCGCUUUUUUAGAAGCAUGGCUGCGUCCUUGGAAAACGAAGACGAUGUUCUUGUCAACGAUUUAUAUGCAUUACUGAAUGUCGGAAAAGAUGCAACAAUAGAGGAGGUGAACCAUGCCUUUCGAAGCCUCAGCAAAAUAUAUCAUCCUGAUAAACACCAAGAUGCAGCUAGAAAAAGGCGUGCUGAAGAAUUUUUUAAUAAACUGAAGAAGGCUCACGAAAUACUGAGUGACCAGCACAAAAGAACUAUAUAUGACACUUAUGGAGAAAAGGGGCUGGAAACAGAAGGGCUUGAGAUUAUAUCUCGGACCAAAACACCAGCAGAGAUUAUUGCAGAAUAUGAAAGACUUCAGAGAGAAAAAGAGGAGAGGCGAUUACAGCAGCGAACCAAUCCAAGGGGCACAAUUAGUGUUGGGAUCAAUGCAACUGAUAUUUUUGAAGGCUAUCCACAAGAUGAUGGGGAUAUUUACAGCCCUACUCUGAAUGUGGAAAUCAACAGCAUGAGUAUGUAUCAAUCUGUUGAAUGCCCUUUGACUGUCAAAGAUACAGUCAUUAUUGGCGGAAAUAUUCAGACGCACAAUGGAACAGGUUCUGGUGCAUUCCUUGCAACGUGGCGAAGACUGACAUCAGAUAAGGGCUGGAUGGAGGUGGAAGCUGCAGCAGGAAAUGGUGUUGGAGUCAGUUUAAAGGGAUUUCGACAAAUCACUAGAAGAUGCUAUGGGACAUCUGCCAUUGCACUUCAUACCACACCUAAAGGAUUCAAACCGGCAUUAUCUACAAUGCUGGCCUACCAGUUCGACCGAGACAUUCAGGGUCGGAUUACCUACAAUGCUGGUUUUCCAUCUAGCAUCAGCACAGCCAUAGUCUACAGCAACCAGAAACACCAUGCAGCUCUUUUGUUUCAGGUUGGGCUGGCUAAUACCUACUUGUCUUUCAACUACAUUCGCAAGUUUCAGGAAGAUGAUGCAAAACUGAGAGGGGCCAUAAAAUUUGGGUUAACAGGAGGUGUAGUGGAGUAUGGCUUUGAGAAGAAGAUCACACAGUUUAGCAACUUAGGUGCUACGAUGGUCAUAGGCAUUCCUUCAGGGGUUCACCUCAAAAUUAGACUACACAGAGGAAGCCAGACAUUUCUGUUUCCCAUCCACCUUUCAGAAACAAUUUCUCCAAGUGCAAUUUUGUAUGGAACCUUUGUGCCCAUAGCUGCCUUUUUCCUCAUUAAAAAGCUUAUUGUUGAGCCCUUCCUCAAGCAACAGAAAGAACAGGAAUUGGAGAAGAAACGAGAAGAGCAUGCUGAUAAACUAGCAAAAAGAAAACAGGAAGCCAAGGCAGCUACUGAUCUGAUGAAGGCAACAGUGGAAAGAAGCAUUGAAGCAGAGGAGCGUAAGAUGGGCCUAGUCAUCAUCAAAGCACUGUAUGGCAAACUGCAGGGUUCAGAUGAUGGUGAACUUAUUGACAGAGAGUGUAUAGAUGUCACAAUCCAGCUGCAAGCUCUUGUGAAGGAUUCCAAGCUUAUUGUUCCAGAGGCAGUAUCAAAGAGUGGCCUACCGGGAUUUUAUGACCCAUGUAUAGGUGAAGAGAAGUCUCUGUAUAUUCGUUAUAAAUUUCGAAACCGGUUACAUCAAGCAACUGUUGGUGACAUGGAGCCUAUACGUUUGCCUCAGCAAAGUAUGGCAUUUAAUGAAGGAUGAACACAAGUCAUGACAAGUGCUGUACUUAAAACUUGUGUGAAUCAUGAAUGCUUGUAAGAAUGUCUUCACAUACAUUCAGAAACAAUGGCAUUGUGCUUUGUGAUCAUUCUGCUUGGCAACAAGGAGAGAAUGAAUGCUAGGUUUCAUUUUCCCUAAGGUGUGACAGUUUCUUUCACUUAUUGAGAGUACUUAAACCGCGCCUUCUAUUUUAAUCAAAGCCAAAAGAGGAGUAUACUAAUGACAAAUUUGUUGAAAUUGUCACUUCAGAAUACUAGAAAGAUUCCCUUACUUAAUUUCACAUUACCUUCGAAAGUUUUGCAAAGCAAGAGAUUAGGGAAUAUGUAUGCACAGCAAUCAUUAUUUGUCCAAAACCUGACGGUAUUGGGAAAAUUUAAAAGACAAGGGGAUGUGUAGGCUAUAGUGAUAUUUAACUUCAUAAUUUAUGUUGCAUAAGUGUUUAUAACAGUCAUUUCAAAUUUAUUUUGUGUGCUUGUGAAUGUCUGACACAAGGCAGCAGCAGUGUGUGCUAGUGAAUGAGUGUACAUGGUGGUCUCUUGCACAUGCAAAUUCAAGAACAAGCCAGUGUUUUCCAGAACUUUGAACAUCUUCAUUGGUUUUGAAGGUGGAUGUCAAGUAGAACACCCCUGUAAAUGUUCUGUGUUCUGUGGCCUAAUGUGUGUACAAGUAGAAAUGAUAGGGUUUUUUGGUGCAUGUUUUAUUUGGUUUGAUAGAAUGCUGUGUUUGGAACGUCCCCACCCCCUCCCCCCAAACACACACACUUCCCUGUUUUUGUGAAGGAGAUAUUUCUUCUUUAAGCCUAACAGUUUUUCAGUCACUUGUUUAGACAAGAACAUUAUGCUAAAAGUGUAAACAUUGAUGAAGUGAGAGGAAGAGGUAUAUAAUUGCAUCUGCUUAGAAUGGCUAUGGUAGAAAAAUUGUACAUUCAGAAAAGAGCUUUUUUAUUUGAAGUGGAUGACUGUUGUAUUUAGAAGCAAACAAAUUUUAAAGAUGUUGUUUAAUUAAACGUUACUCAAAUUCAUUCACA